AUGGGCGAUGGAUUCCAGCUUCAACUGCAAGCUGGCUCCUGGACCCUGGGGGGCCCCGCGGAGCUGCACCUUGACCUGGUGAACGACUCAGGGCAGCCACUGGUGCUUCCUUUGGGGAGUUUCUCUUUGGGCACCGACGGGGCCACCGCUCUGGCUGCAUGCCUCCAACUCCAGGAUUUGGACGGCCACUGGACGCGGCCCCGACUGCUGCACCCAAGAGGCACCUCUUUCAAGGAGAUGGUGAUCUACCUCCCGCCGAAGAAAGCCAUCCAGGUGCCUAUUGUGGGGCAGGUCCUGGAUGUCGGGCGCUUUGGCGGCCUCGUGGUGCGCAUCGGCGGCCAAGGCUCCGGUGCCUCGGAAGUCCUGCUGCCUGUGUGCGAGCGCCCGGCUGCGAUCCCUCCAAACCCACGGCGGCUGCUCCGCUUCGCCCUGGAAGCUGAAGACCAAAGGUGCCUCACCGGCCCCAUCUGCUGGGUGGGGCCCCACGAGCCCAUCCACCCCUCCCCGCCCACCUGGCAGGGGGAGGUCCACACCAAGCCCUGUGAAGUGGUGGUGCGGCGGACACCUGUGCAGCCACCCACAGUGAAGGGCCACGUGCUGCUGCAAGAGCGCUGCCCACUUCGAAGGCCCCUCGUCUACCAGCACACCCUGGUGCCCUCCCUAGCCAACGCGCCCCGAAGGACCCAGGACCCGAAGGCUCCGAGUCGGAGACCGGGAAAUCGGAGGCGCCUGCGCCGGAAGGCCCCCAGCCGCCCCACAGGGCGUCCCCAGUCUCAGGGGCUUAUUGGCCAAGGGGAGGAGACUUUCCAGGAGCAGGAGGAGGAGGAGGAGGAGGAGGAGCAAUCUGCCUUGGCGCAGACCGCACGGGACUUCUUUCGGCCGUCGAACUCAGAGCCGGUGAAGACGAAAGUCGGGCAGCUCCCCAGCUUGAGCAUCAUUCACCACAGUACUGCCUGGAGGAAGCUUCCCCGAAAGCUGGAUGCUCUUGCAGAUCCCAUCCUCUUGGAGGUGGCAGAAGAGACGAGCAGGUUCUGCUCGGAGACCACCGUCUUGGCCUUGUGCGGCCCAGCCUUUCGCACUCGAACUGGACAGCGCUACCAGGACUCCGUCCGAUCUCUCGGGUUCAAGGUGGUAACGAACAUGGGAAGCGUUUCCUCCUUGUACACCUGGGCCUCACUUUGCAGCUGCGCCGAGCAUCCCAGUGACCUCGUCCUUGUCUCCACCUGGGAGUGCGUGGGCAGCUGUCUCGGACUCCUCCGUCAGACGGGCGCCCUCGCACUGCUUCGCGGGCUCCUGGUCUUGUGCAGCCACCAUGACCAGGACCAGGCACAGGCUGCGGCAAAGGAGGCCCUGCCUCCCUGCCGUUGGCGGGUCAUUCCCUCCUUGGCUUUUGGCUGA